UAUUCUGGGGGGGGCAUCAUUCCGCUCGUUGCUGGAGGACGCCGGGGCAAACAAAGGCACCAUCACGCGGCAUCCCCUAUCACGUUUACCGUGGAUUUCUGCAACAUCAGGGGACUCCACUCGAACUUGGAGGCCGUCCAUCACCAUCUCGAGACGGCCAAGCCGGCCUUGCUUUUCCUCACGGAGACGCAGAUAUCCUCUCCGGCAGACACUUCGUACCUAUCCUGUCCCGGAUACAAAUUGGAGCACUCCUUUUUGCCUCGGGCCGGGGUAUGUGUGUACGUCAGAGAGGAUAUCUGUUCUCGUCGCCUCAGCCUUCUUGAAGGUAGGGACCUAUCUAUUUUGUGGCUGCGCGUAGAUAGCGAUGACCAUCCGCGAGUCUAUGCGUGCCUCUAUAGGUCCCAUAGCGGUAAUGCCGAAAUAGACCGACUCAUGGAGCAAGUCCAAACGGCUACAGAUUCCGUUCUGGCACAGAUCCCCUCCGCUGAAAUUGUGGUACUCGGCGACUUCAACGCCCACCAUGCCGAAUGGCUCGGUUCCCGUACCACCGAUCACGCGGGGAGAUCUGUCCACGACUUUGCCUUGUCAUAUGAUCUGACGCAGUUGGUUUCCUCGCCCACGCGAAUCCCAGAUGUGGACGAUCAUACACCUUCCCUGUUGGACCUUCUGCUGACCUCACAUCCGGACAGUUAUUUGGUUUCUGUCGAUGCCCCCUUGGGAUCGUCGGACCACUGCCUGAUCCGGACGAGAGUGCCUAUCUCGCGUCGCCCACGGGUCAAACCUAAUGGCCACCGUCGAGUAUGGCACUACAGGUCAGCAGACUGGGAUGGGAUGCGGUCUUUCUUUGCAUCCUACCCAUGGGAGCGUGUGUGCUUCAAGCUGGACGAUCCCGAUGCCGUUGCCGUUUCCGUCUCCGAUGUGGUGCUUCAGGGAAUGGAACUUUUUAUUCCUUCAUCUGUUGUGCCCAUUGGAGGCAAUACUCGGCCCUGGUUUGGUCAAUCCUGCAAAUUAGCUGCACGCAACAAGCAGGAUUGUUAUCGAGCCUGGGCUGAGGCGUCAGCGGUUAGGGAUGUAAAUACCAGCCUACUCAAAAAGAAGUACAACUUCGCCUCCAGGUCCUUCAAAAGAGUUAUUGCCAAGGCAAAGUCGGAACACAUGGCCAGCAUUGGGGAGAGGCUGGUGCGCCUUCCUUCGGGAACUCGUGCGUUCUGGUCUCUCGCCAAGGCUGUCCAGGGGAAUUUUUGUAAGCCGUCCUUACCAUCUCUGCGCAGGGGGGAUGACACGUUGGCCCACACCGCAAAAGAGAAGGCCGACCUUCUUGGCUCUCUUUUCGCGUCCAACUCGACUCUGGAGGACAAAGGUUGCUCGCCGCCGAAAAUCCUGUGCGGUGACACCUUUAUGCCGGAAAUCCAGUUUCGUCAGAGAUUAGUGCGUAAAGUACUUCAAUCUCUGGACGUUAAUAAGUCGAGUGGGCCCGAUGGAAUCCCUCCCAUUGUGCUUAGGACUUGCGCUCCUGAGUUGGCUCCGGUUUUAACGCGCCUGUUCCGGUUCUCCUACUCUGUAGGCGAAGUCCCGAAAUCUUGGAAGACUGCCAUAAUCCACCCGAUCCCUAAGAAAGGCGAUAGCUCGAACCCGUCCAACUACAGGCCGAUUGCCAUCACUCCCUUGUUCUCGAAAGUCAUGGAAACGACCAUCAAUUGCCAGCUUAUGAGAUACCUUGAGGAGCACCAGCUGAUUAGUGAUCGUCAGUACGGCUUCCGUCAACGCCGCUCAGCUGGUGAUCUUCUUGCGUAUCUCACGCAUCGAUGGACGGAGGCAAUCGAGGGCAAGGGGGAGGCCCUGGCGGUUAGUCUGGACGUAGCUAAAGCCUUUGAUCGGGUGUGGCAUAAAGCACUUCUGUCGAAGUUGCCUUCCUACGGGCUACCCGAGAAACUCUGCGAAUGGAUUUCUAGCUUUUUGGAGGGUCGGAGCAUCAAGGUCGUUAUCGACGGCGCAUGCUCUGACCCCAAACCAAUUAACGCUGGUGUCCCACAAGGCUGUGUACUGUCGCCAACCCUGUUUCUUCUGCAUAUCAAUGAUAUGCUGCAAAUUAGCAACAUACAUUGCUAUGCAGACGAUAGCACGGGUGACGCACUGUACACGGCCCGGGCGAACGUUUCUCGGGUUACUGCCUAUGAGAACCGGACUGGACUUGUGUCUAGACUGGAGACCCUAUUGGGUGAAGUCUCGGAUUGGGGUCGACAAAAUCUUGUCGAAUUCAAUCCCAAAAAGACACAAGUCUGCGCCUUUACCGCUAAAAAAGAUCCCUUUGUCGUAAAUCUUCACUUUGAGAACACUCCCCUGGUUGCCUCAGCCAGUAUCGGUAUUCUCGGCGUUGACAUAUCGAGUGACGUUCAGUUUCGCGGUCACUUGGAAGACAAGGCCAAGCUGGCUUCCAAAAAGCUGGGUGUGCUCAGUAGGGCGAAGCAAUAUUUCCAGCCGGGCCACCGCCUACAACUUUAUAAGGCGCAAGUGCGGCCCCAUAUGGAGUACUGCUCGCACCUCUGGGCAGGAGCACCCCAGUACCAGCUUCUUCCA